GGCGGUUUUUGUGCUCGAGCGCGGCCAUAUUGCUUCUCGUGGGCCUUUCUCAACCGCGGAAAGGUGGUGCGGUUCUGUCGGUGACAAUUUUCGCGGAGGCGAUGAUCGUGCUUCGUGCGUGCUUCGUCCCGUAACCGUCGUCGCGUGGCACAGUUAGCGAAACGGCUGGACAUGGCCAAGGGGAGCGACAAUCCGGCCGGCAGGCGGCCGUCGUCGCGCAACGCGAAGCCCUACAACGCGAACAACUCAUUUGUAAGAAAGGUGGCAACCAAGGUAACGGAUUUUAUACAGCCGUCAUGGAUCAGUAAGUGGUUCAAUACCUCUCAAAGCAAUGAAGACGUCUUAGACAGUAGGGAGAAUAUCGAGGAGGAGGUGGAGUACGAAGAUGAUGCGCAGCAGGCUCCUCCCAGCAAGCGAUCGCGCAUUCGUAUGGAUGUGAUCCAUCCGCCUGGCACAUUUUCUAUACAAACAAGAGUCAAGAGUGCGCUAAAUGUUGACCUCUCUAAAGAGCAAUAUCCCGUUCAUGAAAUGUCGGAAGAUUUUCUUGAGCCCGCGACGGCUGGACCAAGUGGCAUAGGUCGUUUGAUAUCCUCGACUCCUGCGGCGCAAGCGGAUGUUAGGACCGUAACGGCUCACAGGACUGACUUGAACUCCUUAACCUCGCCGACUAACAAUGGGAUGGCAAACGGAGCGGACGACAAUUCAGAGUCGAGCGAGAGCACCAGUGGAUGCAGCUCGCUCAUCCCGCAGAUAAAUAGACACGAAGGUCCAUCGAACUUGUUGUACAGUUCAACAUUUCCUAAUAGGAAGAGACACAUUGAUGACAAAUUGACUUUUACGAAUCAUUUGCAAUCUCCGAGGUCCUUGUUUUUAGAUAGUAAUUCUCGCGAUACUUUAAGCAGUCGUAGACCGAGUUUUAACGCAUCAGUUAUGACGAACGCUCUGGACCGCGCGUCGCCCCUGUCCUCCCCGUUUUACAGUGGUAACAUUACAUUUGGCGGUGCGAACGCGGCGGAUCUUUACAAGCGAGGCCGUAAUCUUUUUAACGAUUCGAGCGAGUUGCAACUGAAAGUACCAAGGAGGACAAAUGUCGAGGUGAAACCUUCCACUAAUGCGGCAGGAGUUGACUCGUCGGGCAUGAGUCAGACUGCCAAGAAGAUACUGGAAGCACUGGAACACUUCUCGUCGCCUAUAUCCGACGCGAAGAAAAUCCCGCUGAAACGCGCGAGUAACACCAUGUCUUCGAUAAUGAGUAGAAAGAGGGCGCGGGAAGAGGUGGCGAGCCCGUCCGCCAGGAUCGGCCUGCGUCACCUGACGCGCGAGCUGACAGUACCAACCGUCCCCGACAUACUGAAACUGAAGAGACGGCAGAAGCUGCAAGACACAACCGUCGCGGCGAGAAGGAUCGUUUCCGCGCGCAGCGAUCCACCUCCGCUCCCGCAGGAGUAUCGAUUGAGAACGGAGGGCGGCGAGAACGAAAAGUAUCGUGGCAAGCUGAACAGUAAAUCUAAAAUAAAUCUCGAGAAAGAGGAGACGGUGGCGCCGGUAAAUUUGCCGAAUAUACCUCUGCCAAUCACAACGUUACCCAGCUUCAACUUUACCCUACCAUCUCCUACCGCACAUAUUAGCAGCGCGACUGUCGCGAAUAAGGAGAAUACCUUCACGUUCGCUAGCCCGAUCAAGGUAACGGACGCCGCGAAGAGCCUGCAGUCCGUUAACAAUUUCACGUUUAGCAAUCCAAUCGACGCCGAGGAUAACGCGAAUAACACCGCCGAGUCGAGUUCUUCUUCGAUGAAGGAGACUAAAGGAUCCACUGGAGCCUCGGUCGAGCGCGCGGCCGCGUCCAUGCCGAACUUCAUUUGGUCCGCUUCUUCCACAGCACCUAGAUUGAAAGCGAAGGUAAAAAACGGCAAGGACGAUCGUGUCGGGUUUGAACUGAAGUCUGGAAGUGUCAUGGACGUGUUGUGUCCCAAGAAUGUCGAAUCAAAUCUGACCGGACAAUCAAACGCGAAAUCCCCCGCCUCCGGAGGAACGCGCGCCGACAAGACUGCCAGCUCGGACCCGGACAGCGGGAACGCCGAGUCCUUCUGGGAGUGCGGUGACUGCAUGAUCAGGAACGGCGGCAAGGACAAACAGUGUAUCGCGUGCAAGGUUGCUCGACGGAACCCCGACGAGAAGACGCCGCCGCCGUCGACAUCGACGACGGAGAAGGCCGUGCCGAAGCUGACCGCGAACGAGUCCUUCGGCUCGCAGUUCAGGCUGCUCAUGAAUCAGUGGGAGUGCACGAUUUGCUGCGUGAGGAACAACCGGAGUGACGCCAAGUGCGUGGCAUGCUCCGCGCCGAGACCUGCAAGCAAUCAAACACUAUCGUCAAUAAUUAAGCCUCAAAUUAAAUCCGACCUGAUGAUGGAGAAGUUUAAACCCGCCGAGGGAUCGUGGGAGUGCUCCGGCUGCUUGCUGAGAAACGCCGCGAGCGUGAUCACGUGCCCCUGCUGCAACACGUCGAAGCCCACUUGCUUGAGGACGAACUCGAGGAAGACGGACGUCGUCGCGGAGCCGCCUGCUCAAAAGUCGAGCGUCGCUGGUGGUGCGGUAACGCAGGGUGUAGUAACCAGCGGCUCUGAUAUAAUGAACAAAUUUAAACCGAGCAAAGAUUCCUGGGAGUGUCCGGGAUGCCUCGUUAGAAAUAACAGUUCCGUUACUGCGUGUCCUUGUUGCAACACCGCUAAACCGGGUUCCGACGCAGGUGCGAGCAAGACGGAGCAGAAAACGUCGUCCAACGGAUUCGGAGACCUGAUGAAGAAGCCCGCGGGCGCGUGGAGUUGCGACACUUGCCUGCUGCAAAAUGAUGCGAAGCAGACGCAGUGCGUGGCUUGCGAAGCCUUGAAACCUGGGACUACGAAAUCGAGCGCGUCCGCGUCCUCGAGCACUACCUCCACCGUGCAGUUCAAGUUUGGCGUGCCACCUAACGCGUCGGGCUCGGCUAAUCAAGCGGGUGGAUUUAAAUUCGGCAUCGACAAAGCUGACCAGCCCAAGUCGGACGGCGCGUCGCCGUUGAAUGGGUUCAAGUUCGGCAGUUCCCAGCCGCUCAACUGCACGUCGCAGUUCACGUUUGGCGUCCCCACCAAGGAAGAGAGUAAAGCUGCAAACGAAGCGUCUAACAAGACCAACGUCGUCGCAGCUUCCACCGAUGCGGCAAGAUUUUCGUUCAAGGUGACGAAUCUCGAGUCCGCGAAACAGGAGCAGGAAACGUCGUUCGGUACACCGCAGGGUGGGACUUCAACGGCCAUUGAAAAAUCGGGUACCGCGCUCAGUGCUACCACUCCUUUCACGUUUGGAGUGCAUAAACCGGGGUUCGCUCAGCCCGAUCUGGAAACACAGAAGACGCCUUCUGUAACGACUGGAACGGACAGCUCCAAGUUAACAGCAACCACGACUGUCGCUGCUGUUUCCGUUGGCGCUACCGUUUUCGCUACUAAUGCCGGUACGAUACCGAUCAGCACCGCUGCAGUACUACCGCCAUUACCGAAGACUCACGCAUUAGACGCGAAGCCAAUAUUCUCAUUCGGUGCAGCAGCAGGCAGCGGUAUAACCACCGCUGCCAGUAACACUUCCACCAGCACGACGACUUGUCUUCCAGCUUUUGCUCAAUCUUCUUUCACAUUUUCCGAUUCGAAGACAGCGUCCCAGCCGGCCGCGAUAGCAACCUUCGGCCAGGGCGUUCCGCCCGCCGCGCAGUCUACGAAAUUAUUCGGAGCGAACAAGAUAGCCGAGACCCCCGCCCCGUCACCCAGCAAGCCCGUGAGCGCAACAUCGGCCAGCACGAUCUUUCCGAUUGUCUCGAGCUCGACGUCGCUGUUCAACAGCAGCGAGUCGAAGAAGACAACGGCGUUCGGCAUGGACAAGCCGUCGGCAGGGUUCGCCCUGUCCGAGAACAAGAUCUCAACGUUCGGCAGCAACAGCCCCAAGGGCAAACCAUCGAUCUUCGGGACGCUGGAAACGACGAAGCUGCCCGGGUUCAGUUCACCCGCGCAGACAUCCGUGGCGAGUCCUCUCCCGAGCUUCGGCGCACCGUCCAGUGCUACUCCCGCUGCUACCCCUUCGCUCUUUGGCUCGUCCAACACCACCUUCGGGAGCAACAGCGCGGCCACUUUCAGCGGCACGGCAACGACACCUGCGAUCUUCUCGUCCACCAAACCUAGCGAGACUACCACUCCAGCCGCGUCGAACCCGUCGCUGUUCACGUUCGGCUCGUCGUCGCAGCAGUCGACCAGCAGCGGCUUCAACUUCUCCGCGAACACCAACGCGACUGGCUCCGAGGCGAAACCGCUGUUCACGUUCGGUAGCGGUGCGAGCACGUCGCAGGGCAACAACGUAUUCGGUAGCGGUACGUUCGGGGCGAGCUCCAGCGCCCCGACGAGCACCGCUAACUUCACGUUUAACCCGGCUAAGCAAGAGGCGGCACCGACGGCAUUCGGGCAGAGCGCGGUGGCGGCUCCGCUGUUCGGUGCGCAACAAGUAACUCCGCAGACCCAGGCAACGUCGUCGUUCUCGUCCACUUCGUCAUCCAGCGCGGGAUUCAAUUUUGGGUCUACCGCAGCGCCCACCGCUACGCCGGGAGGUUUCAACUUCGGAGGAAUGCCAUCUACGUCUACCCCAGCUGGAGGUUUCAAUUUUAACCCUCCCACCUCUACUCCUACAGUGGCUUUCGAUCCCAACAGUCGGCCUUCGUUCAACUUCACCAAAGGAAGUGCACCAACAUCGUUCAAUGCUACGCCCCAAUCAGCAACAGCACCUCGAAAAAUCAAAAAAGCGUUUCGGAGAUGCAUGCGGUAGAGAGAUAUGACAUGAAUGCGUACACUCAGGUGCGUCCUUACAUCUAUCCUAUGCUGGGUGUGUCUAUGUAUAUUAAGCGUUAUACAAUAUGAUACAAUGGAAUUCUGUCAUACAUCUCAAUCGAUCACAUUUAAUGUGGUGGUAUAUACCAAGCAUCUUUGUAAUAUAGUAAUCCGAAAGCUAACCGAACAUGCUUGCGUACAACCACUUGUGUUCUCUCUCUACAGGAAAAUGUAAAUUAUAAAUUAUUUAAAUUAUACAGUAAUAAUGAAAAUAACAACCCUGAAGUUGGCAUGAAGCCAUUAUUAAAUCGUGUGAUGCCGUUGCAUUACUGAGACCUUACCCAAAAAAAAGAAAAAACAAACAAACUGGACGCGAUGCGUAUGUGACCGACACGACGUACUCGAGUAAUGCGCAUAUUUGUCGAAAAUUGAAAAGUACCUCGAUAAAGAAAGAUUAAUAAGCACUUUACACGUGCAAUUGAAGAUAAAAAAAACUAGUGGGAGAUUGACCCCCGCGUAAGAGGUAAGUAUAAGUCAGUCACAGCUUGUAGCAAUAUCGCCAGGAAAACGUUCGAGGACGGUUCACUUGUGGCGAGUUGAGAGACACUAGUACGGGAAAUCUUUUAGUUGAACAUUAUAUAGAGACAACUAAAGUAACAUGUAGAUAUCUCCAAGAUACAUUUAAAUUUAUUAAAAAAUUCCUCAGGAAACAAUUCGAAAAAUAAAGACAUGAUUAUAAUAUGAAAAAAGACAUUAUUUUGUGUAUUAAUAAUUUCUUUUACAUUUUAGCUCUACGUAAUCUUUGCCCUGAAUAAUUUUUUGUACGUUUAAAAGUAUCAGAGAGAUGUAUGAGUAGUUUUAUUUUGCUGUCCUAAUGCUGUCGUAUAGAUAUUUUGUUAAAAGUUAUUAAUAAUGUUCCGUGUAUGUGCAUUACAACAUACAUUUGAAUAAUUUUAUGUUAAUUUUUCGAAAAACAAUCUCACGAUUUUAGGUGAGUGUAACGGACUUAAACUGUCUUAAACUGUUGUUCAUGCCAGCCUAAGGACAUUUAAUUUGUAUAAUCGUGAUGUUGCAAGCAUUGUGAACUGACUCUAUAUAUCAAUAAAGCCCCACUACAUAUUUACAUAGAUAUUAAUUAUAUUUUAAUUAGAAUUUCGUGGGCAGCCCUACACAAUCUUUGUAGAACUAGUCCAGGAAAGUGUAAUAUACACAAAAAUGGCAUUCGGAUAGUACAAAGUGACGAUUACUGAACGUUUCCAUUGAGUAGUCGAAAUUGUAUAUUUUUUUUAUAUAUUGAAUGAAAUAACCCUAUAAGAAGAAUACUGAAUGCCAUUUUGAUAGGAUUAUACUAUAACGAUGUUGUGUGUUUCAUUAUAGAGUGAGUGAAAUAAUUCUGACAGAAGAGUAUGUAUCGAAUGAGAAUAAAUUCUCGGGGCUUCUAAAGAGUUCUUUUCGAUCACAUCUUUUCUUUAUUAUUACAUUUACAUGCAUAUAUGUAUGAAGAACAUCACUCUAGAUACGUUGCUCCGAAUUAUUUACUCGCUAUAAGGAAACGAAUUAAAAUAAAAAGUUUUUAACAGUUUUCGACAUGUUGCUGCAACUCUGUUACAAAAGAAAAAAUGAUAAAAAAAUCUGCAGAAAGCAAUCUCUGAUCCGCUGAGUUUUUAAAUGUUUAAAUAACAGUUUUACUACUUAGAGAAUCCGUGUUUUCGGUAAAAAAAAAUGAAAAUUUUCUAAGUUUCACGGUGAUAUACCUCGAUUAAAUCAAACGAUGAUUUUUCCAAGUGCAAUUUAGAGUGAUAUUAAUUUACGUAAUUUUGAAACUACUCGACAUCCACAAAGCGGGAUAUUAUAAAGCGUUCUUUUUAGAAGUCCCUAAGGUGGAAAGUAGUUAGACGGCGUGUAAUAAUAAUUAAUGAAUUACAUUAUAUCUCAUUUAAGAUUAGGGUAGUUGUGUAUAACGUUGGCUUAGAUUUGACAGUAGCCAAGAAUAACUCGGCACAUGACCCAUCUUAUGCCAUAUUAGAGACCUAGGUACAAAAAAACCAUUCUGUUAAACAUUGUUGUUUAUCUCUCUCUCUCUCUCUCUCUCUUCCUCUCUUUCUUUCUCUCUCUCUCUUUCUCCGUUGUUAUGUAAUAUGUACACGUAGACAUUAAGAAACCUCUUCUUAAGUUCUGUAUACAUUAAGAAAAAAUUUUUACUAUGUAGUUUCUACGUUGAACACUUGUACUUUUAACAUCAUCAAAGUAUCCUUUGUAGAUGUAUUUAUUUAGGAUGUAAACGACGUAUGUUGAUUAAAUAUGUAAUACUUAGUACCACGAAUGAUUUAAAAUAAAUUCUGUGAUGCAGGUGACGUAUGAUGUAAAGCCGCCGAUCGAAUACGUGUCGAUAAAUAGUUAAAAAAUUGCUUUGCAUAAAUGAAAUUACCUUAGUUGUUAAGCGAAGCCCAUACCUGACAAUCUACAAAGGAUGCUUCGAUCAUAAGACGGUUUACAAAACUGUUUUACACGACGUAUUGCAGAACGAAAAUAUUGUAAUUAAUGGUAGAGUGAGGCUGCGCUGAGAUAUGUCUACGCUGCUGUCUUACACUGUGAACAUUCUCUGUUGAGGCUGUGUCGUCCAUUUGUCUAUCGAUAGACAAAUUUCCAAAUUAAUCAAUAUAUCGAGUACUGCUUACGAGAAGGCAGUAUCUUUAUAUUAAAUUUCGUAUAUGGCCUUACAAAUACAUAAUGAACGUAUAACGUAGAUAUAUUAACGACUGUAAAGCAAAUCGUAUUGGAAUUGUUUUGUAGCACUUUAUAUACUCUCCAUUGUAAUAUGUUUGCAUAAACAUCUGAAGAGAGCACUGUAUUAAAAACGUUCAACAAUAGAUAUACGUAACAUCGCAUGACUGAUAGAAAUGUUCAUCGGUUUGUCCGUGUGACGGGAUAUCCUUGUGUUAUCAAACGUGUCGUUAGACGUGAAACUGUUAUCGAUAUUAUUCAACGUAUCAACGUAUAUCAGUAAACUCUAUAUUACACCCCUUUACGUAACAUUUGCAAUAUGCUCCUUUUGUACGCUACGUGCGUAUCGAAAAACACACAAAAAAAAUGCGAACAGUUAAUCGUGAUUAUUUUCAUGCGAUUUUCCUAUGAGACACGGGAUGUUACGACAUGUCAAAUAUUCCGAGGCCUUAUUACAAAUCUCAGUCCAUUGGAAAAUUAUGUGCAUUGUAAUGAAUUUUUAUGAAUGUCUGAUAAUGAUUCUAUCGAGCACGUAUUAAGCAAUCGUCUAAUGGGAUUCAGAAAUGCGAGAGUUUGUUAUGAAAUAAAUCCAAUGACUGACUGUAAUUAAAAUAAAAUAAUAAACGUGGGAGAAUGUUCACUGUAUGCUUCAGGUGCUAUGGGGAUGCUGUUUGCAUUCCCCAUGACAUGAUGUAACGAUAGCUAAUAUUACGGGAAAAAACGCGUCGGUGUUUCUCAACCGAUGGGUCAUAGAACAAUUUGAAAGACACUUGUUAAUAGAGUAUGUAACGUGUGCAAGGUGUAAGUAAAGCCAUCUUUAUUCGCACAAGCAGAGUUGACGAAAUACGCUUAAUGGCGAUUGAAUGUUUUUUUUCUUUUUUCCUUUUUGAUAUCGCAACGAAAGUGUUUGUAUUGUAUCAUCUUAAAAUCGGUAAGCCAACACAAUCUCUCUCUUCCUUUAAGAUGAUAUAUUAUUAAAUACAUUUUAUUUUGCAGAUAUAGAUAAGACGCUACAAGCGAUGUUAAUGACGCUCGCAAUAAUAACAAUAAAAAUGUAUGCAACAUGUUGUAUUCUUUUGUGGACCAGAAAUGUAAAUAAUAAUUGUAUCAACGGUU